GAAGAAGAUAAAAUAAAAUUCAAUUACACUCCUUCCAUUUCCUAUUCCCUUAGGAGACGACAAUUUAAAAAAUUGAUUGAAUUUGAAAUUUAAGGCUUAAUUGUUUUAGGGUUGGCUAUAUGAGUUCUAGCAACGAAUCCUUGGCGGUGGAAGGUUGGGAGAUGAAGGGAAAAUUUUUGGAAGAGAAGGAUCAGGUUCGCGUUAAGAGGAAGACUUUGCAAGCCGUGCUGGAACAGUGCCAGAGAGCUCUCGAAUUGCUUAAUAAAGCCGAAGUUGGAGUUGACGAUAACGAUAAUGACGGAGAAGAUAGAUAUGAUAAAGAAGAUGUAGAUCGUCGAGGGGAAGUCAGCGGUGGCGGACUUAAAAGUGACCAAGAAGCUGACGAGUUAUGCUAUCUUCUCAAAUCUAGAGUUCAAUGCUCUGACUUCCUUGAAAAGCUAGAGUGUGCUCAGGUGGCUGUUCCAGAAGACAUUGCCGAUUGUAGUUCUUGGGACAUGAUCAACGAAAAUGAUCUUUGGGAAGAUGAAGUUGUUGAUUUAGAUGGAGAAGAUUAUAUUCUUGUUAGGCAGGAGGAUAUAGUAGAAGGUGUUGCUUGUUUUAUGGCUGCAUAUUUGCUGUCCCUUAAACAGACUAAGGAUUUGACCCCCAAUCAACUUCAGGAAGCACUGAGCAAGACCUUCUCUGUAAAAAAGAAAAAGGGAAAGCUUCGAAGAGCAUGGGAUGGAAGUAAAGUCAUUUAUAACGUUGCAUCUUGGGGAGCAACUGCAGUUGGGAUAUACCAAAACCCUUUACUUUACCAAGCAGCAUCGAAAGCCUUCUGGACUUCUUGUAACGUACUUUCGAAACUUAUCUGAUAUCUUUACAUUACAUGGACAACAAAGCAUGGUGUGCUGGAAAUCCGUGUAGUGUUUAUGCUCUCAUGCUGUCAAAUUGCCAGCUUGUUGUUAACAAGAAUACCAUUCUUUUUCAUUUAAUCAUUGUAUAUAUUGUUUUCUUUUAUUGGAGAAUUUCUGACUGCAAUUAAAACUCAUUGGCAAUUUGGCAUCAUGCGAUGGCUUAAUCAGCCUUUUAAUCUCAAUAAUU